GCAGCCUCCACCGCGGCCGCGGCUUUGGCCCUGGUGGCCCGACUUGCGUCCUGGUGGCUCGGCUUGCGUCCUGGUGGCCCUGGUGGUGGUCCUUGCGCCAUAGCCUCCUGGGGGAGUGGGAGUGAGCAGGGGAACCAGUGGGCAGGAAAUUCCAUCAUCCUGGAAGCCACCAACCCUGAUGAUGGAGUUUGGGAAUCACUUCAACAUCAGCGGGCACACAGCCCUCCUCUUUGACGCGAUGAACAUGACCUGGACAGUCAUGAAUCCUGGAGCCAGAGGCCUCGAGGAAGAGUGGGAGAACAAGGGACUGGCAGACUAUUUCAGGAGGAUCUCCGUGGGAGACUGCGGUCACUGGCUCAGGGAAUUCUUAGAACACUGGGAGAGGGUGCUGGAGCCCCCAGCACCAUCAAUAAAUGUCCCAGAUGCCGACCAGCCUUCAUCCAUCCUGAAAAUUUUAUGGAUCAUCACAGCAGUCUUCCGCUUAAUCCUAAUUUGCAUCUGCCUCUACAUCUGCAUCUGUAACAAAUCAGCAUUGCCCGCCUUGUGCUACCCAAGUACAUCUGGGGAAUCGAAUGUGUCAGGCGACGUUGGAGGUGAAGGAAUGGACUGUCUGAAUUGGUUCCCCAGUUCAAGUCCCUUUUCUAAAGCAGACCCUCAGGUCACCAAGAUUUGA